AUGGAUCGUGAAUUCUCCGCAGCUGUUCCAGGCCAUUUGCGAGUAGUGACUCUGCGAGUAGUGGAGCGCGCUUGCCCAGUCAGGCGUGGGGCGUCAGAGCAUGCACCUCAGGCCUGCAGACCCGGGGGGCGAGCGACACGCCGGCGCUCGGAAGUCCUCCGCCCGGGCCCUGGGCCCAGACGCCGAGGAGGCACGGGUCUGCGCCCGCGCGCCGGAGGACGGCCCUGGCUGUCGACGUCCGCGGGGGGCCGACCUGGGUGUCACUGCCGCCGUCGGUCACCGAGCGCUCGCGGCGCGCUCUGCGUGCCGGCCGGCCGGUCCCCUGCCUCCCGCUUCCGCCGUUCUUCUGCACGAGCGAAAUGGGUACGCACCCGUCUCGGGCGUCCUAAGUUCUUGCCAGUGGGGCGCGCUGCCGGCAGGGCGGGCCGCCCCACCGAGUGCGGCCGCGGGGUGGGUCGCGGCUCCCUGCGCGCGGGCCCAGGCCGCAGGCGGAGGAGGAGAGAGGCAAGGGCUCCCACGAGGGCGCGAAGUUAUUCGCGCUUCGCGGUCCUCGUUCCUUCUCCCCCUCCUCCUCGUCCUCCUUUUCUCCCUUUGGGGGGGCGGCGCACGAGCGCGAAGUUACUCGCCCUUCGCGGAGCGCGAAGCGCGGAGUUGGGAGCCCUCGGAGUGCGGCCGCGGGGUGGGUCGCGGCUCCCUGCGCGCGGGCCCAGGCCGCAGGCGGAGGAGGAGAGCGGAGGGUGCCAACUGAAGAGUCUGGGAGACGCCAGAGUCGCAGGCCUGGAGGUUGGCACCAACACCAAUAUCGGCGGUGUGCCUCCACUGGGGAAGAAUGUGCCGAUCUCGGUGAUGGUGGCAACAUUCUGGCUUCCAAGGUGGCCGAAAUAUUACCACAAUCACCGAGAUCUAGGAUCAUCUUCCCCCUGUGGAGGCAACCCUUCUGUGUUGGUGUUGGUGCUCAUUUCCAGGCCUCCAGUAGGGGGCGCCGCCUGUGCGCUGCCGUGUCCCACGCGUUCGGUCUGGGCCCUCGUCGGUGGGCAUUGUUGGUUCGGUCCAUUCUGGCGCGGGGGCAGUGCGGGCGCGGGCGUUCAAGAUUGA